AUGAUGUCCUGCAGCCGCCGCCUUACGGCCUUGACCUCCGUCCGGUCCGCCGCCGUUCGCACGUACACCUCCACCGUGCCCCGAUUCGAGAACCGCAUGCAACCCAAUGAUGUGAACCCGCCCGUUGUCAAGCCCAAUGUCUCCGAGACCAACGCCCAUCUUCUCACCGACCGUCAUGAGAAGUGGGACGGCCUGAUGGUGGAAGAUCCGGCCAAGGCGGAGCGUCUUCGUAGCCUCCAAGCGCCUAACCGUGCGACCACCUGGGCUGCUAGCCAGCAACCGCGCGAGCAGGCAAUGGUUGGCCCUCGCUUUGAGCAGACCAUUAUGGAGACGCAGCCCCGUCCCAUGGCCGCCAUUGAACUCAUUCACAAGCAGCCCGUUCGCUGGACAAAGUCUCGCGUUGUCAGCUGCGACGGCGGCGGUGGCCCUCUCGGUCACCCCAAGGUCUUUAUCAACACCGACAAGCCUGAGAUUGUGCCUUGCGGAUACUGCGGUCUCCCUUUUGCCCACGAGCACCACCGGUCCUACCUCGAGUCUCUCCCCGCCACCAGCUACCCUUUGAAAUCGCUGGGUGAUCCUGCCGAGGUCAACGAGACUCAGCGUGUGACGGAUGGCAGUCUCGAGCAACGAUAG